AUGGAACUAACCACGAUUCGAAAUCUGCCCAUACAGUCGUCGGUCUUAAAGAUGUUAAAGCUGAGCCGCAAGAUCGAUAAAAGCGUUAAGACGAUUCACUUUGAUGGUCUGGACAACUACGAAUCUGCCAAUCACAGAUCAGCGAAAAUAUUUUGGCUGAUGAUAAUCGUCUUCACAACUUUGUGCAUAAUCUAUGAAGUUUACAAACUCUUCCACAACUUUCGCGAGUCCCCGAUAGCCACUCAUAUGUCAAUCCAGGAGACAAGGCAGAUGAGCUUGCCAAACAUUGAGAUAUGCUUUCCGGUGGCAAUCAGUCAGAAAUUUCUGGACAGUCGUCGUAUGAACUGGAUCGAGGCAAUGGCCAUCAUGAGAACUAUGAUGGCGGCGUCGUCGAUAGAAAUAAGACAGAUUCUGUUGCCUCUAACUCAGGACCAAAUCGAAGAAUCUCGUUAUUCGAAGGAGCUCACAGAGGACAUAUUUUCUGAAGGUCUACGGCUUCCAUUUUCUCAGGUCAUUACGUUAUUGAACACCACCGAAGUCAACGUUAACAUGAAGAAUAUGACAGAAGUAUAUGAGGAAUUUAUGCAGAUGGGUUUCGAUGCCAAAGACGUGUUUCUGGAAUGUAUGUUUUCUGGAUCGAGUGAGUUUGAACUCUUGAACUGCGACGAGCUAAUUCAUGAGGUGUUGAAUCCAAACUUUGGCAAGUGCUUCGUCGUGUCUUUGGGAGACCGACAACAAGAACUGGCAGGUAUGGGCUUAACGCUGUUCAUCAACGCUCAGACUAUUAACUACCCUACCAAUAGGCUGCUGAUGCCAAAAGUGACCGGCAUCAUCGCGAACCUGCAUCAGCAAGGCGCCUAUAAUCCGUACGACUUCAACCACGUCAACGUGCCUCCCGGCUUUUCCACACAAAUCUUUCUACACCCCGAGUAUCACGAAUACAUUGAUGACCGGUCAGGGCAGCGGCGACAGCCGUGCAACUCGCAGCACUCGCAACUAGUCGUACUGAAUAUGACGUAUACGUCUGGGGCGUGUUUCAUCGACUGCUGCCAACAAAUCGUCUUGAGUGUGUGCGGCUGCUUUCUAGCGUUAGACCUCCGUUUCGUGAACUCACGAGUGCUCGCAAAGCACAGCAUGUGUUCCUUAUUGGACAUCGAGCAAUGUUCAGGUACAAAACUGCAAAAUGACGACACCGUAAUGAAGAGACUCGCUGCGUGCUUCGUCGAAUGCUAUUCAGCGUGUAGUUUCUGGAAGAACAACGUCAGGGUCGAUACGGUGAAUAUUCACAAGCCGCAUGUCAGCCACUUCCUGAAACGUAACGUCAGUAUCGACGAUCUCAUCCACCUGGACAUUUCCUACGCAGACAUGCGCUACCUGUUCAUUAGUCAGGAAUGGACAACGGACGUCCAUGGACUCAUUUCCGACCUCGGAGGUCAAAUAGGCCUGUGGAACGGCGCAUGUAUGGUCGGCAUCAUUCACAUUCUGAUCGUUAUAUGCAUAGCAUUGUCUAAUUACUCUGUCCGAAUGUUUCGCGCACUAGAAAGACGCUUCACGUCUUGA